AUGCCUUACAUGUCUCAGGCUCAAGAGAUCCAACUUCAAGAAAAAGAGCCAGAGGAACCAGAAAAACCAGUGAAAGAAAAAGAAGAGGAGGACAUGGAACUCACAGUAAGGGAACACAUUGCUGGAAGUGGUUCGCACAGCCAUUACCCCCCCCUUACCAUUUCCACUUCGGUAUGUGUUAGGGGAGGGGUCACUAACCUUUUAGGGUCCUUGGGCACAAUUGGAGGCCGCAGAAACACAUAGUGCCCCACAACUGUUCCAUUGGCCACAAUAGACCACCUUUUUCCAAGCUUAACUUCAGCAGAGGAGCAGCCCCUGUGACUGCCAUGUUGGUGAACCCUCUAUUAAGGAGUGCCAUGUUUUUAGGGAGCCCAAUCCACCCAGAACCUCUCCCGAGAUGCCCUGUUGAAAGUAACCAUGGCUGAGUAUAAGCCGUGUCGUAUAGCUUGUGGCCAGGAAGAGUUCCUAGAGUCAAAUGAGGUAACGAAUUACAGAAGUUCCAUUUUGCUUCUGGGAAACAAUGCAUUGUGACGCAGCUGGCUACCAUUGGUUGUGCCUUGACUUCAGUAGUGGAGGCGCACCCGACUAUGGCUGAUCAUGCUUUUUGUAAAGGACACCGUUAUACAGACAUCCUACUUACAAGGAUUAUGGAAGGUACAGACUAUCAGUAGCACAGGACUCUUCCCAAAUACAAUAAUUAUUUACUAUUAUUGCUGCAAAGCAAUGAUUUACAAAAAAAAAGAUGUCACAGCAAUAUUUUAGAUGUGGUGCAUCAUUUUGUUAUUCUCAAGUUUAAAUCUAAAUACAAUUGUUAAUGAAAAACUGUAUUUGUAAGCAACUGUAUGUUAAAGCUGCUUACUGUUGCAAGGUAACAAAAGUGUUUAUCUCCAGCUAUUGCUGUUAUACUUAGCAAAUGCACCGUUCCUAACAUUUUUUGCAUUUCUUGUCCACUCCAUCUCAAGGACUGAGAUACAAGCUAAAAACCACAGCUCCAAUUAAAUUACGCUUAAGUGAUCAUAUCCUUGACCAAUACUCAUUUUACUCUUGCCACCAAAAAACCAGAAACCAGCUGAGAUGUUAGGGCAACUCCAGCAUCUUGGGGGAAAGUUGGGGCUCAGGAUCCAUAAGCCUCUAUGAAGUUUUGUCAAAUAAAGUGAGCCGUCAAGGAUGAUUAAGUUGCUGUUAAGAAUUGGAGACAAAAACAGGAACGUAAUAGUUUCACUUGGUGAUAGGUCCACAUUUAGCAUUAUAGAGAUGAGGUGUUCACAAAUAUUGACAUAUAUUUAGUGAUCAUUAAACAAUCUGGAAUAUCUUUCUAUGAGUUUUUCACAAAUAGGUUAAGGAACCAUUCAGUCGACAAGUUUUAGGAUUUCCUGUUUUCAGUUGGAAGCUGGAAUGCCUGACCCUUUUGAGGAUCAUCUUUGUGAAUAUAUGGAAAUUAGGGGGUUCUUCCAGCUGCUUCUGUUGCCUGACAAUCCACUUACAAUAUUAUGGGACAGCUUAUUGAGUAGAUUGUAAAUUGUUCUUUAAUGGUCUUAUUCUAUUAUCUUUAGUAGGUGCCGUUUGCAUAGUUUUAUUUUAUUUUAUUUUCCCUCCUCUAAUGUUUAUUUGCUUUUCUUAAACAUUUUAGAAGCACACAUUAUAUAACAGCUGCUUAUGAUGGCAAACAUUUAGUGAGAAGUCCCUUUGAAGUCAACACUGACUAAAUAUUCAUGUGUGACUUUGCCAUGCUAAUUUUAAAUGAAUUUAUUGUAUGUACAAGAAAGAAUCAAACCAGUUAAACCACUAAAAAGCCUCCUGGGCUUCUGCUGGCAUAAGACAUCACAAGCAUUUUUUAUUUUAUCAUAGCUACUUACUGGUCUCUCAGUGCCCAUAUUCAUUUUUUUAAGGUUUACUUCAUUAAAUUUUGUUAAAAAUUAGGCUGUUUCCUACAGGCCAUCAGCAAGAGCUGUCCCCAAGAUCUUAUCUGCGGGCAAGCAGAAGGCUCUGCCUACAAGACCCAAAAUUCAGGGAAGCAGAAGACGCUAGGCACAAGAUCAGCCUACAGGACCCCUAUGCAGGCAAGAUCCUGGAAAAAGAGGGAAAGAUCAGAAGCCAGUUUAAGAUUGACAGGUUGUUUUCCUCCAAAAUGAACUUGUUCUGCUUUAAUUGUAGUUAAUUACUGCUGGCUUCUGAUCAAUGAGUGAAGUGCUCAUUCAAAUCCAAUAAGCACAGCUACAAUGUAGUGAAUUACAAUUACCCUCUCUUUUGAUGCCUGUUCCCAUUCCUUUUUCCCAACACUAUAUUUUCCUCUAGUAGCAGCACAGGGCGCUGUAAUGUCUUGUCUUGUCUCUGUGUGUUUCUUUAGAGAAAUAGCAUGGUUUUCCAUGUUCCCUCCUCUCCACCAUCUGACCUUGGUCUUUGCCUUCAGCCUGGGUUCUUUUCCCUCUACCUUCUAACAUUAGUAGUAGUAGUAGUAGUAGUAGUUAUUUAUUUAUUUAUACCCUGCAUUUUUACCUGGCAGGGACUCACGGCAGCUUACAGAUAAAAUAAGAACAUCUAAAAACAUAGGUGGGGGAAGGGAAAACAAUCAUUCAAACAAUUAAACAACAAUUUGUUUUUGUUUGUUAAUAUGUUAUGCACUUUUGUGUUUUUAUAUUGUAAACUGCCCUGAGAUCCUCAGAUGCAGGGUGAUAUAGAAAUUUAACAAAUAACACACACACACACACACACACACACACACACACACUGAUUAUUACAAUAAAACAGCAUGGCACACCCAGUACUUAUAUCUCUAAGGAUUCUGUGGGCACUCAAAUUCUUUGCAGUAAACAGCAGAGGGCUCAAGUGACCUCCAGGAGCCUUCAGUUCCAGAAUGCAUAAUAUUGGUUUUCUCUGAUGUUGUGAAUUUAUUAUUUCAUUGUUCAUGUGCUAAAAUGAACAAAAGGUACACCAGACACCAUAUAUUGUUAGCAGGAAAAGAGUGGAGGAAGAAAUGAGUGCUGGGCAAUUAGCCUGAAAGUCAGGCUGGCUGCAAAGGAAGCAGGAGAUAAUAAACCAAAAGGCAGGAGGUGGGCGCCGCAGGGAAUUUUUCAGCGCAAGCAGACCCCUUGCCACGCUGCAUGCAACUGCUCACGCCCAGGGAUGGGAUCAUUAUACCUGCCACACUGACAGACAAGUCCCUAUAUAUAUAGCACAAGUUCAUUCCCCCCCAAAUAUGUUACCAAUCGGUGCCUGAUGCAUUAUUGCAUGACUCAGCCCGACUCGUGAUAAAUCAGUUACGUUCAAAAAACAGAAGCCACCUACGUAUAGCAGCCUCCUAGCAAAUUAUCACCCCUUUCCAUCCUUUCCAUCCUCUCACAGAGAGAAGUAUUUUUCUGCACGUUGCAAACCAUUUGCUGUUUUAGCUUCUACCUACAGUGUUUGUGAAUAGUAAGAAUAUUAUGAACUAACAACCAUGAAAAGAACAUUCAUGGUUCUUAGGUUGAACUCCUAGUCCAGACCCCGGCAGUUUCGCAAAUAUUUGUCAUUUGUGAGUGUGGGUAGACAUUUGUGCUCAGUGGCCUACAGUUACUUCAGAGCCAUUAUAGCAUGAAAUACUCCGAUAAAGAAGGCGACUUCAGAAAUAAAGCGGGAGCCUAGCAAAGGGCCAGUGGAACAGACAGACAUUUCAAUCUGAGCUUGGCUUGUUUUUUAGUUAACAGAUUCCAUUAAUUUCCUAUAAUAAACAAAAGUUCCAGCAAUUAUAGCACUUCAAACAUUAUGUUCAACUCUGUUUCUAUCACAGCGGGUCCAAGAAGGAAUACCACCAAGGGCAAAGAGCACCAUCAGCACCCACCACCCAGUCAGUUUUGCACGAUUGCUGAGUUGUACAGUUUGUGCAAGAUUGCAAAAGCCAGGAGUUGAAGGGAAGGUGGAGGGUUUAGGGGAGUGUGAUCAGUUUGUGUCAAGUACAGGAGUUCCCUUCUCCCUUCUGGUUGCUCUCAGAUAGGAAUUAACAAGCAUUCAGUAGAUUUAUAGUCUUUUUAUUACAGUAUCAUGUUGCAAGCACAGACACACAACUCUCUGCAAGCAUAGCAGUUGCUUACUCUGACUCCUCCCCUCAACUUCUGCAGCAAGAAGCACGCCAGUGGGAGGUUCCCCCCCCCCCCGCAUUUCCUUUGUUCUCCUACACGAUCAUACCUCCAAGUUUUUUGGGGGGAGGGGCUUCCCCUCCACUCUCGAUUGAUGUAUCGCCCAGCUGCUCCCUCCCUUCCGGUUGCUUAGUUACUAUCUCAAAGCUGGGGAGCUCCUCUCUCAAUUGUGCAGCCUCUGUGUUUGCCUGUCUGCCUGCUUCUGGAGACUCUGGAAGCAAGGGGGAGCAAGUAUUCCCCCUCCUCUUCUGUUAGGAUCUGAUCCUAGGAUCUGCAUCUCCCACUCUUCCGAUCCAGACCAGCCCCUGACAGUUUGGUUGCACUGGGCACAGAGCCUCAGGGGGCUGCGGGGGACACCACAACUAUUAUUUAAAAUGGAGUGCGACAGGUGCCAAAUUUUGGCGUUGCACAGGGUGCUGCUGAAAUGUGAGAGCCCAAGAUCCAUCACUGUUAGUGGAAGGGCUCAGGGGUGGAGUAUCUGCUUUGUGUUCAGAUGAUCCCUGGUUCAAUCCCUGACAUUUCCAGAAACAUUGGAGGAACGUUGCCGGUCAGGACAGCCUAGUGACUCCAUAGAAGUCAGCUUUCUGGGUUUCUGGGUUUCCAUAUUUUGUGUAACAAGUUCCCAGCCUUUCCAAGCAAUGUUCAUGAUUAACUGUCAUUGUCAGGGUCUGAAGGGGAAGGCUGGGAAUCACCCCCUCCUCCUCCUUUGUUUCCCUCAGAGGAGGGGGGAGGGGGAAUCAGGGCCCCUUCUCCAGUGGUUUCAAGAGAAGAGGGAGACAGGAUUGAACUGCAGCAGAACUCAGAGCUGCCAAGUUAGGAGGUGUUAGGAUAAGGAGGGAGAGGGGGAGAAUUGCCAGCAGAGAUGUCCUUGGAAAGCGUAGGAGAGCCAGCGUCCUCAAAGACGUUUGACUCCUGAGGCCAUCCGUAGGGCCACAGGCUGAUGCUGGGGAAAGAAGGGGAGAAGCUCAGAGUGAGCAGCGUCACUAUGGAGUUUAGGACUAGAUUCUUUGUCUUGCACCAUGAGAACUGAAUAAAACCAUUAAUGCGAACUUUCUUGCUUCUGCCUUGAUCCUUGAUUCUGCCGGCGGAGGAUAGAAUCCCCCAAGCCUGACAGUAAUACAUUUACUAGGUUGAUAUUCCAUGUAUAUGUAACUGACAGCAUUUGUUGGGGUGUGGGAGAAGGACCCCCAAACUAUGUUUUGCCCUGGGCUUCAGAUUACGUCUCUGCCACCCUCUCUGUAGUCACCAAGGAAUGGACUUCCUCCAUGGAAGCAGCCUGGCUUGGAAUGCCCUCGCUAAAGAGGCAGGCCUCUCUUCCGCUUUCCAGCACUUUUUCUGAAGCACACCAAAGGAAAAACCCCUGAAACGAUUUGUGUUGAAGUAAUGCAUCCCCUUGUUCUUUUCAGUUCUGUGCUUUUUAAUAGUUCUGCUCAUGGUGAUUUCUUGGGAAAGGCUGGGUGCUGAAGUCCUUCUGCUCUGCCACAUGCCCACUCACCCACUUCUGCCGAAUCAGCUUUAUGGGCAUUUUCUGUGACUUGGAACCACAAGUGUGAAGCUCUUCGUUUCAUUCAUCUUCACUCCCUGCCCACUGCAUUAUCCUUCAGAAGUGGCAAAGCUGGCUUUCCUGGGGGCCACCUCUGCAUUUUCAUGCCUACGUUGUUGCCCAAAAACUACAAGAAGGAAACCUCAUUUACUUCUCCCCGCCACUGCCAACUUUGAAUGCAAAAACCUGCCCAUUUUAAUUAUGUUUAAAUUGUUUUUAGGGUUUUUUUAAUAAUUUCAAUAUUUCUUGUAAACUGCUUAGAGGUUUUACUACAAUCAAGCAGUGUGUAUUUUUUGUUAAAUAAACAAACAACAAUCAAACAUACAGAUACCUAGAUAAUAAACAGGAUUCUCUCUUUCUUUCUUUCUUUCUUUCUUUCUUUCUUUCUUUCUUUUUUGUGAUUCAAACUCUUCUGGAAGUGCACAGAAGCUGAGCUGAUGCCAAAGGGUAGUCUUUUGAAACAGUAGUACUCAAAGUGAGUAACAAAUAUUGUCAGUUUUGUGCUGCUUUCUGCCAGUUGAAUCUGCCCAUCUCUACUGUUGGCAUCCCAUUUAGAAAAUUGGCUUUGCUUAGCUGUGCUGAGUGUGCCUCACCACAAUGUGGAAACAAUUCUCUUUCAACACUUUUAUUUAGCUGAGUCCUAUUGGGUGCACACAUGCACCGGGAAACCAUCAGGGCUCAAGCCCAAUCCCCUGUGUUGCCUGGAAUGGUAAAUAGAAUUCAGAAACCAAUUGCCAGCAAAACAGGACAUUUAUUUAGGCAGUGAAAGGUUGGUGCAACACAACCUCAACCAGCAAGGAGUUGAGAGGUGGCGCACCAAGUAUAAAAACAGCAGAAGCAUUUGUACACUUACAAGCAAAGGGUAGUUUUGUCCACCUAUGGCAAUACUUCCUUCUACUAGAUUAUACGGAUUUAAUCAUGAGGCACAGCAACUUUCUUAUCUCUUCCCCUGCAAACUGGAUUUGGGUUUCCCUUGUUUCAAAGCUAACACAAGGCCACUAACAUAUUUGUAAGUGACAACAGGCCAAAAACUUUGUCAAAGAGGAACAGGGUGCAAGGGCUACAAAAACUCCCCUUGUUGAAAAGGAUUUGCCACUACAACUGUCCCUUUGGCUUCCAGAAUCUUUUAAAAUUUUAUACUGAUCUUGGUUUUGGCUCUCUAAAUGCAAUACAUUUGGUUGCACAUUUUUAUCUUUCAUUUCUUACCAAAAGAUGAUGCACUUCACUGAAAGGUAAUUGGGCAAUUUUUCCCUCUUCCGCCUGGUGAAUCUGAAUUUUGUUAUGUUUACUACAGAAAAGCAUAACAUCAAACCUUUUGUUUGAUUUGCACAAUUUCCUUCAUAUUUGGUGCCAGUAAAGAACUGGAAACAGGUCCUAAGGUGAAUUACAAGAGGCAAGGUGCCCUGGCCCUUGAACAGCAAUCCAAUGCCUCUUUACUUAUUGAGAAGAAAUUCCCCCUGUGUUUACUGGCACUUACUCCCAGGUAAGUGUGCAUAGGGGGCCACUUUAGAUGUAAAUCAGCAAGAGAAUGAUCAUUGUUACUGUUUUCAAAUAUUCAGGCAUUCUAAAAUAUUAAUUGAGGAUGAAGGAGCUGAGGGGAUGCUCAUCAAAUCUGCAGAUUACACCAAACUGGGAGGGGUAGCUAAGGCACAGAAGACAGAAUCGGGAUUCAAAAUGACCUUAACAGGUUGCAGAACUGGGCCCAAACUAACAAAAUGAAUUUCAGUAGGGACAAAUGUAAGGUUCUGCACUUAGAAUGAACCAGAUGCACAAGUAUAAGGUAAGGGACACCUGGCUUACUAGCCCUACAUGUGAAAAGGAUCUCGGGGAUCUAGGCCACAAGGUUAACAUGAGUCAACAGUGUGAUGCAGCAGCAAAAAAAGAGCAAAUGUUAUUCUAGGUUGCAUCAACAGAAGUCUAGUGUCCAGAUUAAGGGAAAUAAUAGUACCAUGCUAUUCUUCAUCAGUCAGAAUUCUGGGUGCUACAAUUUAAGAAGGAUAUUGACAAGCUGGAAUGUGUGCAGAGGAGGGCAACUGGAUGAUCAAGGGUCUGGAAACCAAGGCUUAUGAGGAGUGCUUGAAGGAGAUGGGUAUGUUUAGCAUGGAAAAGAGGAGAGUGAGAGACAAUAUGAUAGCCAUCUUUAAAUAUCUCAAGGGCUGUCACAUGGAAGAUGGCUUGUUUUCUCCUGUUCUGGAGGGUAGGAGUCGAACUUACAAGAAAUAAGAUUCUGACUAAACAUCAGGAAGAAUGUUUCUGACAGUAAGAGCUGUUUGACAGAGAUAUGGUCUCACUUGAGAAGUUGUGGUCUCUCCUUCCUUGGAGAUUUUAAAGCAGAAAUUGGAUGAUCAUCUGUCAUGGAUUCUUUACCUGAGAUUCUUGCACUGCGAGGUUGAACUAGAUGACUCUUGGGGUCCCUUCCAACUCUACAAUUCUAUGGCCUGUUUUCUAAUUCACUUACAUAUUUAUAUGGAUUAGAGUCAGCUGAAAAGAAGCUUUAAAAGACUUGUGGACAAAAUAAGUUCAAUUAAAUUAAUCAUUAAAGGUUAAUGUGCCUAACAGCAAAGCAGCCAGCUCUGAAACGGAGCAAUUCCUGCCUCUGAUGAUGGGAAUACUCUGCUGAAAUAUGAAGUGCUAAAAUGCACAGAAGCGCCUUUAGUUUUCUAGAAGUCCUGGGUCCUUUUACUUGCUCAUUUACUAGCACAGUAUUGCAGCUACUAUGCGUGUUUGCCAUAGAAAGGCUUGUUAGAACUGUAUUGACUUGCUUGUUGACAUUUUAAGUUCUCCCACCAUUUUUUGUUUUAAUUCUGCAUUUAAAACAACUCUCAUGUAGGCUCUAGGGCAGCCUGAAAAGUAUUAGGGGGUGAAGUCAAACCAUUGCGUUAGCAGCAUCCAAGUGACCUCCCCAGGACUCAAGACUUGGGCAGUGUGUCUGGAGGUCCCGGCUUGCCCAGAUGACAAGACCUCUCUCUCAGCCUCCUUGAUAUGAUCCAAAGGAAAGCAGAGCAAUACAUUGGCACGAGCUUGGCUGCAGGAGUUGCCAGAUGGAGGCUUGCAAUGCACUAAUCAACCGUCUUAGGGACUCCGCUCAAGAUUUGUGUAGGGUUUACUUCUUAGCCUUUUUCCUGCAAGGCAGCAGAGGUUUUGGGUCAGAGUUUUCUUUCGCCUAGGUGGGCUACCUUCCCAGGUUGAUGAGCCCCACCUGCCCCUUACUUCACUCCACGGCACGUGCAGAAACUUGACCAUUGGACCCACUCUUGAUCUCGUGUGCUCCAUCUGCCAGAGCCUCUCAUCGAGGGUUGGAGACCCAUUGGUUCCUCUCACCUGGCUGAGCCAGCCAGUCAAAGCUGUUGCUUUCUGUGUGGCAGUUGUCGCAGGCUAGCAGCUUCUAGGAGCCACCGAUGGGAGCUGAGUGCAGGGUGGAAGCCAAAGGGGGGCAAAGUACCCCAGAAGGAGCACAAUGUGUCCCCCAACAGAGGUACUAACCCUCCCCUACAUACUCCCCUUACUACUUCAGUAAUAAAAUACUGAAGUAGGAAAUGCUGUUUUACUAUCUAACUUUCCCACUCUCUUCAGUCUGCUGCCCCUCAUGUUUGUUCCGAUCCCAGCAUCAUAAUUGUCAGUUUUGUGAUUCUUAAGUUCUUUAUGCUAACCAUUUUUUCUUUUUAAAAAUUACCUAUUAUAAAGCAACAAGAGAAAACCAUAUCAGCAAGGAAAAAAGAUAAGCUUUUUGUUUGUAUAGUUGCUUUUAAAGAAGUGAGAAGUGGAAGGGAUUCGUGAGUUGCAUUUAUGUCUGUAGUUUCUGUUGAAGUGGUGUUGCUACAGCAUUUGAAGAUUCAAUCAACGUUAUGAAUGGCAGCUUCAAAUAUACAAAAGUUAAAGGAUGAAUUUUCAUGUUGCUUAAUUACCUGAUUCUUAUUGUAAGUUUGAAAUGUCUGUGUGUGCUUUACAUUUGUUAGACACUGUCCCAUCAGUUGAUCCAGUGAAACUGGAUUGGGCAGCUGGCGAAUAAUCUAUUAUAGUAAUUUUUAUUCUUUUUAACUGUAGGCAAUGUUGGGACGUGGCAAUGGGGAAUCUUCAAGAAAAAAAGAGGAAGAGGAAGUUCAGAGCAGACACAGAUUGAUCCCCUUUGGCCGCAAGAUCUAUGAGUUCUACAAUGCACCAAUUGUUAAAUUUUGGUUCUACACUGUAAGGAGCGACUAUCAUUUUGUCAUCUGUCCCUAAUGACGCAAAUUUGUAAAGGCCCCCCCUCAUCAGUAUGUCUACAUUGUCUAAGUGAAGCAUUAUUGUAAUAUCUAACUAUGUGCAAGUAGAUAAUGCUUAUAAAUAUUGUAGAGCGUUUGCAGAAAGACACAAACUUUAGCCCCUCUGUGUGUCACUUGAUAAUUAAGAGAAAUUAAUGGGAUAUUUUAAAGAAGCUAUGUAUCAACAUGAACAUCUGGAGGACUAAUGUGAAAACAUUUCUUGAGACUUGUGGUCAUUAGUCAACAGUUUAAUGUGCAAUGCUUCUUCUGUUUCAUGUGCCUGAAACAUUACAGCACUUUCCUUAUCCUCAUCUCCUUAUUUCGUUUACCCCAUUUUGUAAAUAUUGUCCUAUUGGCAUGGGGUUUCCUCCCCUCCCCUUUUUCUUAUUUGUGAUUAAUUGAAAAAUGGCUGUAAAUAAUGUCAGAGGAAAAAUUAAUUAUAUAUAAUUAUGGCCCAUAUAGAUACAUUCAUUGGUUUGGAGAUUAGUGCCUAUUGGUAUGAAAAGGUGGGGCCUGCAACAAAACAUUGCUGUGUGGGGUGUUUCUAUUCACAUUUCCAAGCACCACAUUCCCAUCCCAACACAUUUGUCUGGUUCUCCACCCUCCCCAGUCAGCCGUCUAAGUCAGUCCUCAUCCUCAUUAGGCUGUUGGGGGCGGGGUCCCCUCUGAGGGCUUUUUCCUUUAAAAAAAAGUAUUCUGAAAAUUUUGCCGCUUCCAAAACCAGCUGGUACCUCCUUCUUGUGCAUGCUUGGUACUUGUUGAGGCUGAAAAAGGACCACAGUCAGAUAACUGAGAUUGCUAUUGAUCUAUAUAGACUACUUCCAAUAUUUGAAGUCUACAGUAGAUACACUCUGAGGAAGCACUGCUAUGCCAUGUGCUGAUUUAGCCAUUCAGCUGGGCAGCUGUGAACAUGCAUCUCCCUGCAGACAAGGAACUGAAGGAGAUGUGGAAGCCCUGGCAUGAAUGAGGAGGCAUUUUGUGGCAUGCUUUGGCACUCCUGCAUCCACAAAGAACGGCUGAACCAGAGCAUUGGCCUUCUAGCUGGAAAUUGCACAUGGCUCUUUUGUCUAGGAAUAGAAAACUAGUAUGGUUUGAUUAAAUAACCUAGGUAAGCUGAACAUUUAUACAGUAUCCAGGAAAACUGAGUUUAUUUCUUUGCAGAUGGCAUACGUUGGGUACCUGAUGCUGUUCAAUUAUAUUGUGUUGGUGAAGAUGGAUCGUUGGCCUUCCACACAGGAGUGGAUUGUUAUCUCGUAUAUUUUCACAAUGGGAAUAGAGAAGAUGAGAGAGGUAAUAUAUUUAAUUGGGGAAUUGGCAUGGGGGGGCCACUGUGCUCCCAAUCUCAUCUAAUCUCAUCUCCCAUGGCUGUUUUCUAAAACAAAAAAACACCUUUUGAGAUCUCCUGCAUUGUACAGUGGUGCCUCGCAAGACGAAAUUAAUUCGUUCCGCGAGUUUUUUCGCCUAGCGAAUUUUUCGUCUUGCGAAGCACGAAAUCCCAUAGGAAUGCAUUGAAAUUCAAUUAAUGCAUUCCUAUGGUCAAAAAAAGUCCAAACAAAGCCAAAUUUGGUACAACAAGAGUUUAUUAAGUGCUCUUUAAAGUCACACAUACUGUAAAGAGCAUUUCAAAAUUGAAGGAACAAUAAAUUAAGUUUCUAAACAUGACAGAAAAACAUUUAAAAAUCAACAAAGUGUACAGUACAUUUUCUAAGACUCUGGGGGACAACUCGAAGAAGGUUCCUCUUCCACUCUUUGCUUCUUGCUGAAGAACCUGUCCAUGGUCUGCUGCUUCAUCCGCCGUUUCAGCACCUCCCUGAAAGACGACAUGACCCUCGUAUCAAAAGUGUUCGCAAGGUCACGUGUCAGGUCCUUGUCAGGGUGGUGCCGCUGUGCAAAAGCCUGAACAUCUUUCCACUUCUGGCAAAUGUCCCUCAGUUCUGGCAAAUGUCCCUCAGCCUCUCCAUGCCUGACCACGCUGUGGAUUCCAGAUCUCGUCUUGAACCGGUCAAACCAGCCUCUGCUUGCCUUGAAGACUUCUGGCUCACCUGAGGUUCCUGGCUGUUCCCGGACGAGGUCUGCGUGCAAGGCCUUGGCCUUCUCACAAAUGACGGCCUCAGUCACUGUGUCCCCUGCAAGCUGCUUCUCUUCUAACCAGAUGAGCAGCAACUUCUCCACCUCCUCCAGAACAACUGGGCGGUUCUUCACGAUCCUGGUGACUCCCUUGGCUGCAUCAGUCGCAAGGAUCUUCUCCCUCAUCUUCAGGAUGGUCCCGAUGGUCGAUGGAUUCCUCCUGUACUCCCUGGCGAGGUCUGUCACACGCAUUCCACCAUCGUGCUUCCGGAUGAUCUCCUUCUUCAUUUCCAGCGUAACCUUCUCCUUCUUCCCCUCGCCGGCCUCUGCAGCAGCAGUCUUCUUGGGUCCCAUGGCAGCACAGCUCCUACCUGCGCAACCCCCCCCCCCCAAAAUCAGUGCUUCACAUCCAAAAAAUUCAAAAGCACCCAGCCACCCACCACACAGAAAUUCAAACCCAGAACCAAGUCCUUGAAUUCCAAACACCCCAACCCAAAAACCCCCCAAAAAGUUUUAAAAGUUUAACUUACCGAAUGGCUGCAAAAGAAGUUUUGGAAAAGCUUCAAAAAUCACCAAAGUCUUCAAAAACCUCAAAAAAGGCUACCACACCGCGUGCUAUGAGUUGCUCCUCGAAGUCAAGUCGCAACUGCACCUCUUCAAGCAAUACACCUUGGGUUUUAACGGUUUUACGAAAAAGGAAACAAACUUGCAAGACGUUUUCAUCUUGCGAAGCAAGCCCAUAGGGAAAUUCGUCUUGCGAAGCACCUCAAAAAACGAAAAACCCUUUCGUCUAGCGAGUUUUUCGUCUUGCGAGGCAUUCAUCUUGCGGGGCACCACUGUAUGUCUAGUUGCACUGUAAGAUCACAAACUAUAUUGUUCUGACUAGUACAAUUAAUACUGACUUUAUGCUUUCUAUUGUACAUGAUGAUUUAUAGAGUAACACCCGCACACUUAGACACAUGAUUCCUAAUCCACACUUGAGCUCUUCAGCUUGAAAUAUGAUGCUCAGAAUGUACAAUGAUCACCCUUAAAUUGUUUGUUGUAUAGUAACAGUGCAGAAAAUAAUAUUCAUCACACCCACAAGACGGCUCUUCAGCAUUGAAUCAGGCCUCCAAAACUUCAAGAGAGUUGACUUGUGAUACUGAUGUUCAAUUUUCAAAUAAUCCAUUGGAUUUUUGCCUAUUUCUUAUUUAAUUUUAUUCCAACUGUAAAUAUUUCUUGGGGGGGAGCUUGUUGAUAUAAAAAUAUGAUUGUCUAGGGAAGGGUGUGAAAUAUGAGUCAUUCUCUGUGAAUGUUCUCAAGUCACUGAUAUUUAUAUUUCAACAAGCGUUUUUUUUCAAAAAUUAUUUACAAAUGGAAUAAAAUUAAAUAAAAAGGAAUAGAAUAAUAUAUAUAUAAAUAAUAAAGAAGGCAAUAAUAUACAUAAUAAAUAGAUGCUAGUGGUUCCAUGGAUGAAUACUCAGAACAUGCUCUUUAAAAAAUACAGUAAAGAUGUUUGUACUAAUUUUAAAAAAUAUAUUUUUAUUAAAGAUUUAUUAGUUUACAAAAAGACGUGCAUUGUCUCUUAUCAAGUUGCGUUUUCUACAGAUCAGUUUCAUUUCUUGUGAGACAUUAGUGUUGCAUGCAGUAUUAGAUUAGGAAGAAAAGGGGCGAGGAAGAGGGGGAGGGGAAUGGUGAGUGGGGUGGGGUCAGGUGGUAAUACUGGACACAGAACUGACCUGCGCCUCCAUGGACAGCUGUGAGUCCAAAAUGACUCCCAGGCUGCGCACUUGGUCCUUCAGGGGCACAGUUGCCCCAUUCAAGACCAGGGAGUCUUCAACACCCGCCCGCCUCCUGUCCCCCAAAAACAGUACUUCUGUCUUGUCAGGAUUCAACCUCAAUCCAUUAGCCGCCAUCCAUCCUCUAAUGUUGGAAGCCAUACAGAGUGGCUGGAGCAACCCAGCCAGAUGGGCAGGGUACAAUUCUUUGUGGCGUGAGCUCUGACACAUCUAACUCUAGAGAAAUAGGACUACUGCUGCUGCUGCUGCUACUGCUAAUAAUAAUAAUAAUAAUAAUAAUAAUAAUAAUAGUCUGUAAGUCUAUGAUCCCAGGUAAUGCAACUCCCUCAUAGGUUAACAUCACAGAGUCCAGAGCACAGCUGCUCACCUGUGUUUCCUGGCCCUUGUUCCUGAAUCAUGCAAUAAGAGGGUUUAUCUUAUUGUUUGGGUUCUUUAAGAGAUGUGAAUACUUGUUCCAUGUAUAGGGCUCAACAUGAAGUAACAUGUCUAACAUUUCCAUCCCUCUUUCUCUAGAUAUUAAUGUCAGAACCUGGGAAGCUGCUGCAAAAAGUGAAAGUGUGGCUCCAAGAGUACUGGAACGUUACUGACCUCAUUGCUAUUCUCCUAUUUUCUGUGGGAAUGGUGCUUCGCCUCCAAGAUCAGCCGUUUAGGAGCGAUGGCCGUGUCAUAUACUGUGUCAACAUCAUUUACUGGUAUAUCCGACUGCUGGACAUCUUCGGGGUGAACAAGUAUUUGGGGCCAUAUGUAAUGAUGAUUGGGAAAAUGGUAAGAAAGUCUUUCCCAUUCUUUCUUUUUGUAAUGAAUUAACUGAAUUAAGGAUUAACUGAAAAUAAGAGGAGAAGAUGAUGCUACUUUUAGGCAACCUCCAGGUUUAACACUCAGUCUGCCUCCAGACAAUUCAAAACCCUUGCCCUUAUCCUCCAGGUGCCUUGUACCUGGGGCCAUGUCUCUUCCGUUCAGUGUAGGAAGCUUUGAGGCUGGGCUUCCAGCAUAGAUACUCCAAGUCAAAGGCAAUGCAUUUUUAUUGGUCUAUAAAAAAAACUAUAGGCUAAAAUUAUUGUUUUCUAUAUUGUGUCUCACCUUUCCUUAGAGGGGGAAAAUCCAGAUUUCUGUAUAUGUAUGUUUGAAUUACAUUCAAAACUCUCUCUUUUUUAAAUGGGAUUUUUUUUAACUCUCUUUUUUUAAUGGGAUUUGGACUUCCACUGUCUACUAUUUCUUUGUUUAAAGAUUUAUAUGUUGCCCUUCAUCACAUGUGAAUCCAGCCUACUUCUCCCAGCCCCAACAGCUGAAUUAAGGAAUUCCUUGAGUUGAACUAGCCAGGGCAACGGCAGCUGGCUGACUGUCAGAGCUUUGUCUCUCCAGGGCUCUCUGUCAGCCCCAGCUGACAGUUAGACCUUCAAAGCACCUUGGAAAAGGUUUCGACGGUGUCACUGAUCAACAUUUCCUGUGAACCCCUCUUUUGGCCCAGACGUGAAUUUAUGUGACCUACACCAUAUAUGGUGUCAGGUGUGGCAGAGGUAGGAGUGGCUUGGCUAAAAUGGUCUGGUAGACAAAUGGGGAGGCCAAGCAGGCCUAAUGACCUGCCAGACUGAGGGUUGGUCCACACCUGCAUGCCCAUCACUUAAUUCCACCCCUUUGAAUACCCAAGAGGUGAUGAUUCACAGCUGAAUGGGUGAUCAAACUCCACUGAAAACCUUUGUGUGUGAGGUGGUAUGGCCCUGAUCUUGAUAGAAACACAGAAAUAAAAAAUAGCUGCCUCUCUUUUUUUUCUUAAACCUGAAAUAUGCCAAGCCAUUUAUAUAUAUAUAUAUCUAUAUAUAUAUAUAUAUAUAUAUAUAUAUAUUUCCCGUAUAUAUAGCAUCGGCAAAAAGAGGUAAACAUGAGUACAGACAUCAAGUAUCCCUAAGAAAAACCUUUGUUACAGCCUUUAAGCUUGACACUGAAGCAUUUGAACUUCUGUAGAUUCUUGAAAAGUCCAGUUUGUGUCUUUCCACUGCUAGGAGGUUUUUUGAUCCAGAGGAAGCUUCCAUAAGUGGAAGAAGGAGAAAAUGAUGUUUGCUGAUUCCCUCUCCUCUCUGCAGUCCCCUCUGCCAUUCCCAAAUCUACUCCAGAAAGUUAGGAGACACUUUAGAAAAGCAGCCAGCAACCUUUUUAAACCCAAGGGCACAUUUACAUUUUUGAUCACAUGCCGUGGACCCUUCUCUUUUGCUCAUUUCUCUCCCUUCUGCCCCUGGAUCACACACAAACACACACACAAGGCAGAAAGAGAGAAAAACCCACAGUAGCAUUCAUCUGAAUCUUGAAAGACACAUAGAGCUGAAAGAAGUGGGGAAGAAGGUCAAGUCUUCCAGCAUUAUGUCCUUGUCAAGGGAGAAAAAAUGGCAACAACUGUCACCACCUUUUGCUCAAAGGAGUAGUGAAAUGAGGAAGAGAUUCAGACAACUCGUUUUAUAAUAGUUGAGCCCCAUCAAGUAUCUCUGAAAUGUGCAUUAUAUGCAGUUUCUCGCUUUUCUUACAGCCUUUUGGUUUUCUGUGGAAACAUUUCACUUUCUGUGGCAUCUUAUAUUAGGUUGUAUCCAAGUGCAGCUUGUUAGAAUUCGGGUAUUUGAAUAAUGUUCCAAAAGUCAGGUGCCUCCCCUUCUCUGCCAAGCGGUGGCAGGAGCCCAUGGCACUCACUCAGGGUCUGGGGUCCUUUGGAGAAUUGAGAAAUGUUGGAGACUGUCGUAGCUUUAAGAAAUAUAGUUUAUUCACCAAUUUACACCUUCACUCUGCAUGCAAGGAGUCCAAAUAUUACAGCAUGGUCAUCUCAAGAGGGGCUUGUAAUUCAACAGUGCAGCCCUGGAGUCCAAGACAUCUCUCCCAGUCAGCCUGCCCAAGAUGGAUCCCAGUCUUCCUGCUUCUUCUUCCCAGCAACCCUUGCUCAUGACUCACUUUUCCAGUUACCCUGGCAACCUUCCAAACACCUGUCUCUGUUCGGGGGGCCCACUAGGGGCGCCUUGGAAGAUGGCGGAUAUUAACAUCUAUCCAGCCCGCGCGAGGUAAUUAGAGGCUGAUUAUGGGGAGUAAAUCCGUCUCCCUUCAUCUCUCCAGGGGGGAGAGAUGCAGUUUUCACCCGCUGUUGCCAUAAAUCACCCCCGAGUUCGGAAGAAGGAGGGGGUGAGGCACUGGGUGCACAACCCUCGGCAGGCCUCGGAACUCCUCCGAAGCUGCUUCCAGGUGCGAAACUAGUUGCGUUACUUAAAAGGAAAAAAAUUGGGAAAGAUAACGCACAUGCUUCAAGAGAGGCAGGAGGUUUUUAUCUGCUAACAAUUUUACCACUGAAAGGAAGAAGACUGAGACGGAAGAUUACCUCAAAGUACUACAGACAUGGUAUGUGGAAUGGAAUGCAACAGAACUGAAGGGGGGGAAACGACUUUUUAUUUUUUUGCUCUAUGUGAUUAACUAAUAACCCUCCCUCUUAGAAGAUCAGUCACAGCAACUAAUUGCAAAUGGGACUAAAAAUGAAUUGUGUGGGAAUAAUAUGAACUUAAAGGUUUUACUCUGUGAAGGAUUUGGAAAGAAGAAGGGCUCUAUUUGUGACGCAGUUAGAAUGGAGAUGUGAUACGAGACCUGUGUUGCUGGAGUUGGUCUUGGGGAGGGCGAGCCGAAGAUUUAUUAUUUUCGAGGAGAUUGUGAUCUGGAAGGGGCAGCCCUCCUGGAAAAGACUAAUUUACGAUGCAACAGGUCGGGAAAGUUAACAAGCGGGCUUUUAGACUGUAUUUCAUCGGAAUGACAAAAUGGCGAUUGCUUGCUCGAGUGGAAAUGCCUGGACUAUUGGAUGAGAGUGAUUUCCGAGAGAGCAGUACAAAGCCCACACAGAAACACAAAUAAGACUGUUUUUUUUAACCCACUUGCGGAGCAACUCGGAGGUGAAUGAAAAGGAAAAUGAGUAACGACAAGGAUUGAGAAGAGGGGACUGGAAACAUCAUUCUUAAGAUGAAAGCAGCACAAAUAUUCGAGGAUUGGACUCCUGCCGAUCAAGAAGCAUGGGUACCCCCCACAAAAAUUUAUAAUUUGGAAAACAAUUGGAUUACAUGAUAUGUAUUGUUAUAAUUUGGAUUAAUUGGUUUGAUGUGUUUAAUUUGGUAAUAUGAAACUUAAUAAAAAUUAUUUUAAAAAACAAACAAACACCUGUCUCUGUUCACACCUCAGGGCAGGGGGAAAGGAAUUUUCUUGCCUUGCCAAUGGCUCUCAAUGGCCCCAUAUUGUUUCUUAAUGGCCCUACCUUGGACAGGUCAUUUUGCAUAGGCUUGCCCAGGAAUCCCUCUGGAGCGUGUGUUCUUCCCUUCAUGUCCCAAAUAAUCGAAAUCCUACCAUUCAUUAAUUUCUAGGGUUUGGGGGGGGUCCCCCUCCCAAAUCUGUAACACCAAUUUGAUCUUUGUGCUUUAUAAACAUUUUCACUCACCUUACAGCAUGACAAACUAGAUAUAUUUCUCUCUCUCUGUCUCUCUCUUUUUUCUUUUUUUUUCAGAUGAUAGACAUGAUGUAUUUUGUCAUUAUUAUGUUGGUGGUUCUGAUGAGCUUUGGUGUUGCAAGACAGGCGAUACUUUUUCCCAAUGAGGAGCCUUCCUGGAAACUGGCAAAGAAUAUUUUUUACAUGCCGUAUUGGAUGAUCUAUGGGGAAGUGUUUGCAGACCAGAUAGACCGUAAGCACGUUUAUGAUUCUCAUACUCCAAAGUCAGGUAUCAAACUCCAAUCAGGUGAUAUCUUACCAGAUCAUUUUUAACACUCUCAAUAAAUGGCUCAAGAUAGAGGACUCAAAACACUACAGGAAAGUAUAAUGAAAAAAUUAUGUUCAUGCCUGCCACUUAAAUUGUUAAUUUCACAAGGUCAUAUUAACAACAUUUCCUAAUAACCAUAACUUUGCUAAGCUAUGCAUUUCCUUUUCAACACAUGUAAUUCACAUUAAAACUAACAAAUUUUAUUAUUCAUGAUACAUUGAAUGGUACAUCUAAGACAUAAUGUAUAUUGAUCUAAGACAUUAUGUAUAUCUACAUGAUGACCGUGCAAUGGUUUUCUACCAGUUUAAUAGUCAUGGCAUCUCCCAAAAGAAUCCUGGGAAUUGUAGUUUGUGUGAAAAUGCUGUGAAUUCUUUUAGAUCCAAGUUUUCUGGGAAGAGGGAGUGACUCUUAAGCCAAUUUAAGGCUGCAGUGUAGAUCAUGCCAACGUGCUUCAUUUCCCCCCAUCCCCUAGUUUGCUUCUGGAGCAUAAACAUGAAACCCAGUUAGCUACUAAACAUUCGGUUCUGAAAGUUAUUUCUGGAUCUUGGGCUGGUUUAUGCCAGCUGUAAUCUUUUGACCUGCUUGAUUGCUGCUAUUAACACCCUGAGAUACUGGCAAAAUAUUUAUUAGAAGAUUAUAGGUGUCAUCCAACUAUUAAACAACAAAAGUUGGUUACCUUGUAUAUGGUUUAGAGCUGGUGUAGCACAUUGGCUAAGAGGAGGUACCUGGUCAUAUCUUCCUAUCUCCACUACAAAUUCAGUGGCUGGCCUGAAGGAAGCCACUGUCUUAGCCUCAGUCCUCCCAACUACAGGGUGGGUGGUAAGAAUCGGGCAGAAUUCAAUGUCACGCUAAGGCAAUGAUUCCAUCAGUGUAAGCAUUUCUGCUUGCCAAAUUGAAUGCUCCCCCCCCCCCCGCACUGUUCUGGGAGUUCUCUGGAAGCCCUAGAGCUGAUUUGGUGAAGACAGGUGGGGAAGUCUGGUUGUGGUGGUGUGACUCAUUGUGCUGUCUCUCACUAAUACAACUAUUGAGUUGAAUCCAGCUGCGUUACUUACAUUCUAUGGUGGCUGUAAGGAUUACAACUAGAUAAUGAAUGGGAAGAACUUUGAACUCUGUAAAGCACUAUGCGCAGGUUAAAUGUUAUUAAUGUGUUUCCAAUCUAAAUGUUUCCAUACAUUUCUGUUGUCCUAAGAAUUCAUUUGUCUGGCCAUCUGAAAAUGCAGAGUUCUGUUUUAAUUAAUCCUCCUGGUGCCACCCGGGGCAACAUGCAAGGGCAGACCAGGCUAGCCUGAGAUUGUGCAGCCAUUGGAAUGCAAGAACAAGACUACGCUUAGCACAGGCAUGCUGGAGAAAAUUUGCACACCUUUUCUACUUAAAUGUUUAAAAAAAAAAAAAGGUUAAGGACCCCUAGACAGUUAGAUCCAGUCAAAGGUGACUAUGGGGUUGUGGCGCUCAUCUCGCUUUCAGGCCAAGGGAGCUGGCGUUUGUCCACAGACAGCUUUCUGGGUCAUGUGGCUAGCAUGACUAAAUCGCUUCUGGCACAACAGGACAUCGUGACACAAACCAGAGUGCACGGAAACACCAUUUACCUUCCCGCCACUUGAAUGUACAUGUGGGUGGCAUUUCAUAAUGAGGCCUUGUUCCAGUGGUGGGUCCAAAUGAUUCCAUCUGUACUAAUAGAUCCCCUGUGACAUCAAGGGCAUCCCUGAGGUGAGCCUGGGCUUCUGCAGGGCAGCUCAUGGGUUCCUGUAGAAUUCAAGAACAUGGAUUGUAGCAAGAGGCAGGUUGGUUUCUCCAGUUGUUCACGUCUGGAUAAAGUGUAGUCAUCAGCUCUGGCAUUCAUCCUAACCUCCUGCUUCACAAUAUAUCUGCAUAAUGGGAUUUUUUGUUAGAAAACCAUUAUGCUCUUUUCAUCCUAAUGGUUUUAAAUAUCUAAACUAUCUUUAGAAAAGGGAUUUCCUCUUUCAAAUUAUCCUUCCUCUUUUGUUCUCAAAGAUAGCAUCGCAUGCAAGCAAACAAAAAUAGGGAUGGCAUCCAUGCAAUUUUCUUCUUGAGUUUGUCUUUCCAUCUUUUUCAUAUAUUGCAAGAAUCUUCCUUUUGUGAGUAUAAGGGAAGAGUGGGGGUGGGGAGAGUCACAAAGUUUGGGGUUUCCUUCAACAAACAUCUGCUCCUCUAUAAGUGGCCAUUUAUUGAUGUUGUACUAAGGAUGUGGCAUAAUGCAACACAUUCUGCAGAAAUUUGCCUGGGGUGUGUGCUUUUUCUAAAGUGGUGUGCUGAUUGUAGUUUAGAACCAUGUAAAUGGAGAAGGGGCAAGACAAAAGCUGACUGUGGCUGUCAAUGUCUUUUAACAGGAUGGGAAGCGCUGAAGCCUUACAUAGAGAUUCAGAUAAAUCUGUUUUACUGUUGAUACUGAUUAUUUGAACUCUUAAGUAACUGCUGUUACUCAUUAUUUGAGCUCCUAAGGUGAUAACCACAUCAGAUGCCUCUUACUAAUUCUAGUCAGGUUGUGAAACAGCUUGCAACAUACUUACCUUAGAGAACUUUAUAAUAGUUUUGAAAUAAAUAAAAUAUAAAUACUGAGGAUUAUUGAGCCCCUGUGCUGUCUUAAACUUAUGCAUUCAGAAAGGGAAAACAGAGUUUGCCAGAUCUUGUGUUAAUCAAACAUUGAAAGGAUCUGUUAAAUCUCCAUGAGCAUCCAGUGCAGGGAUGCCAUCUCGCUCUCGCUAUUGCAGGUGCCCGUAAUUGUCAUGUGGGCUCCUCCAAAAACGCAGUGGACGUUGCGCAUCAUGCGUAUGACACCACAUGCACUAUGUGCAGGCAUGUGCACGAGACGUUGAUGGUGGCAGUGGUGGCUCCUCUUCCUCUCCACAGCCAGCAAGGCACCCUUUUCCAUAGGGAGGGGCUCAGACUCGGAGGCAGAGAGACCACCCCCCACCCGGAAAAGGGUGCCUCCCUCUCUGACUGCAGAGGCUGGCUGGCUGGCUGGCUGCCUCUCUCCAGCUUUGCUCAUUGACUUUGUGGGUGCCUGGCCCCCACAAAUAUAUAUAUAUAUAUAUAUAUAUAUAUAUAUAUAUAUAUAUAUACGGCCCACUGGAGUUGGCUCCUAUGAUCCAGUGUUUAUGUUACUGAGAUUGAUUUCUGCACAAAACAGACUUUAAAAGUGAAAGACAAAGAGGAAAUGUCUACCACAUUCAGAGAGUAAUUUUAGGCAGGUAAAAGUCUGGAUCUGCCUGAGAGAGAAGAAAUCUGGGCUGGAGAAUAUGAUCCCUUACGAGAACCUCCUCCUGAGCACCUUCAGCUGUUCUCAUGCAGGGACGUAAGUCUAGCACUGCAGUCUGCUGUCAAACAUUCUGUGAUUUCUCAUCUAUGACAAUGCAAUAUUGUCUCUAAAACAUGUAGCACAUGCAGAAGAACAACCCAUGGCUGGUUAAACCACACAAUGUUACAUGUUAUUUCUCUGAAAUGUUUGUUUUUGCACUAUUUGGAAAUGUAUAUUCUCCACUCUGGCCUAAGCUAAAUCAGCCACAGUUGACUCUUUACACUGGAGUGUUUGUACUUUCUCAAAUGUCAGCCAAGCACCAGCCUACAAGCUCAACACGCUCUUUAGAGCCAUCAGACAUUACAAUAUUUUGGUUUCUCUUUCUUUCUUGCAUUUUCUAUCACUUCUUUGCUAGCCAUAAAUUCUGGGUUCAUUGAGAAAUCCACGUUUCUUAGGCAUGUACUAUAUAAAAAUUUCACUGAAUUUGAGAAAUAUACAAAUACUACAUUUGUUUUGUUUGUAUAGUUUUGUUUGGGUUUUUUUAUUUUGUUACUUUGCAUUGUUCUGUGAAGCAUGACUGCAGGCUGGCCAGGUUAGCGCAUGGGGGCAUCAACUGGCAGCCUCUCCAUGCCACAGAUGUGCCCCAUGUUCGUCUUAACCUCUGUGAAGCAAUGCAUAAUGAUUUACAAACUGGCUGCAUGUUCUCUGUGGUUUUUGUGGUGGUGAAGUGUCCAUAAAUAAAUGCCUGAAUUCUUUUUGAAUGGGGAAGAAAUGGAAUGUGCAUGGAUAUUGUAGACUGUGCAGUUAGGAUUGGGAAUGAAAUGUAUUUGUUGAGAAGGUGCAUUCAUAUUUAUUUGACACAGGAGUCAUUUUUAUUAUUAUUUGAGGCCCACUGAAUUUCUCUGGCCCUCUUGCUAAACCUCUAAUCAUUUUCCCUAGAAUGUGUUUAUGCUGCUAAACAGGAGGCAACGUCCUUCUCUCACACAUGGACUGAGUGAAAUGAGAAAUGGAUUUUAGAGCAAUGAUUUACAAAUGAGCAAAUUUCAAAACCCACAUGCAAAACACAUCUUUUUUAAAAAACAAGUUCUGUGUCAUGGCUGUUGUAAUCAUAUUGGAGAAAUAAUAAUAAUAAUAAUAAUAAUUUUUAUUUAUGCCCCACCCUCCCUGGCCAGAGCCGGGCUCAGGGCAGCUAACACUAGUAAAAUUACAGUAAAAUCAUAAUGUGGGGGGGGACCCAAUUUUUUUACAGGUUUUUUACAGGUUACAAUGCAAUUUAAAAUGCAGCCUCCUUUUAAUAAUAGUCCAUAGAUCAAAACCAUAAGGGGAGGGAAAAAUAAGGGUCAGACUGAGUCCAAACCAAAGGCCAGGUAGAACAGCUCUGUCUUGCAGGCCCUGCGGAAAGAUGUCAAGUCCCGCAGAGCCCUGGUCUCUUGUGACAGAACGUUCCACCAAGUCAGGGCGAGUACUGAAAAGGCCCUGGCCCUAGUUGAGACCAAUCUAACCACCUUGCGACUUGGGACCUCCAAAAUGUUGUCGUUUGUGGACCUUAAGGUCCUCCGCAGUGAAUACCAGGAAUAUCCAGUAGGUACGAGGGUCCUAGGCCGCAUAGGGCUUUAAAGGUCAAAACCAGCACCUUAAACCUGACCCUGUACUCCACUGGGAGCCAGUGCAGUUGGUAAAGCACUGGAUGAAUGUGAUCCCGCGGCAAGGACCCCGUAAGGAGCCUCACCACAGCAUUCUGCACCUGCUGGAGUUUGGGUGCUGUGGCCUGAAGCAGCCACACUCUCUUGGCUCUCCAGUGACCAGAGACAGAGGAUCUGAUAGGAAGCUACACAAAGAACAUGGAGGAGGCCAAGAAAAAUUAGCAUCAGAAAAAGAUGAUAAACACGGGAGAUAGAGGAUGUAGACAAGGACUGAAAAUAUGCCACUGUGAGUAGAACCAAGUUUUCCAGUGUUCCACUGUUCCCUCACUUUCAUAAUUUUUUAUCCAACUAGCAUUUUAUCUGUGGGCUGCAAAUUUACAUGAGUACCUAGUCCAGAGCAUGGGAUAAAAUUCAGAAAUGCAAAAAUGCAUAGGAUGUCUUCCCAAACAGAAACUUCACUGAUUUAUACCAUGCAGGUGAUCAUGGCAAACAAGUUUUGAUGAACUCUGAGGCCUUUCAUCCCUCUCAUUCCUCCCCCUCUCUCUCAAUUCUCUUCUGAAAUAGUCAUGAUGGAAAUGGGAGCAGCAUGGCUGUUAUUCCAGACUAGUUAAACCAAAACACUUUUGUCUUUGCUUUGCCCACCACAGUCUCUGGGUCCACACACUGCCAGCCUGUGUCCCCCAACAGAUAACACCUGACAGAAUGUGGCCCACCCUUCAGUAAAACAAAGACCCCCAUACUAUUCUUACAAGGAAUCUGGUAAAAUGUGGGUUGAAUGAGGUAACUGUUAGGUGGAUUUGUAGCUGGUUGACUGAUUAAACUCAAAGAGUGCUCUAUAAUGGUUCCUCAUCAUCCUGGAAAAAAGUGACAAGUGGGGUGCCACAGGGUUCUGUCCUGGGCCCGUUGUUGAUCAGCGUCUAUAUAAAUGAUUUGGAUGAAGGAAUUGAGGGGAUGCUCAUCAAAUGUGCAGAUGACACCAAACUUGGGCACCGAGGCGAAGCUACCUCCUCUGGCACCCAGAGUGGCGCAGGAGUGGGGCUGGCCAGCUCACGGGGGCAGGGCUAGCUGCAUGCCCAGCGAGCGUCCAUAACCGCCCAGCGCCUGCGCGGUGAGCAUCAGGGGGACACCACUAGCCUCCCGCUGCUAACGCGGUGAGCAUCGGGGGAGGGGUGCUGCUAGCCUCUCGCCGCCUGUGGCAAGCGCCCAGAGGGCGCUGCGAAUGUGGGUGGGUGCGUGGCAAUGUCGCCCCCCCCCCGGGAUGGCACCUGGAGUGGCCACACACCCCGCACACUCUUCCUCUGCCAGUGCUUGGGAGUGGGAGCUAAUGCUGCAGAAGACAGAAUCAGAAUUUAAAAUGACCUUAACAGGUUGGAGAACUGGGCGCAAGCUAACAAAAUGAAUUACAAUAGGGACAAAUGGAAGGUUUUGUACUUAGGCAAGUAGAACCAGAUGCACAAAUAUAAGAUGGGGAAUGCCUGGCUCACUAGCAGUACAUGUGAAAAGGAUCUAGGGGUCUUGGCAGACCACAAGCUCAGCAUGAGUCAACAGGGUAAUGCAGCAGCAAAAAAAAGCUAAUGCUAUUCUAGGCUGCAUCAACAGAAGUCUAGUGUCCAGAUCAAGGAAGCUCAUAGUCCCACUCUAUUCUGCCUUGGUCAGAGCACACCUAGAAUACUGUGUCUAAUUCUGGGCGCUGCAAUUAGGAUAUUGACAAGCUGUAACGUGUGCAGAGGAGGGCAACCGAGAUGUUCAAGGGUCUGGAAACGAAGGCUUAUGAGGAGUGCUUGAUGGAGCUGAGUAUGUUUAGCCUGGAAAAGGAGAGGAGAUAGGAUAGCCAUCUUCAAGUAUCUAAAGGACUGACCCAUGGAAGAGGGAACAAGCUUGUUUUCUCCUGCUCUGAAGAGUAGGAUUCAAGCCAAUGGCUUCAAGUUAUAAGAAAGCAGAUUGUGACUAAACAUCAGGAAGAGCUGUUUGACAGGGGAACGGUCUCCCUCGGUGUUAAAUUGUGGGUGAACAUAUCAGACACAGUGAUUCUUCAAACAGCUCUUGUUUAUUCACAGGCCAGAACAGAACUGGGCUGAAGGGUUCAGCCAGCCUGCUUACCAUAUAGAGCUCAACUACAAAGCCACUUCCGAUUCCUUAUUUGCAUAUGCGGACCUGAGUGAAAACUAUCUACAGUAUCCCCCUGGUGGCCCAGGGUGAGAACUUCAGUACAUAACACCCGGGACAUUGUGGUCUCUCCUUCCUUGGAGGUUUUUAAGCAGAGGUUGGAUGGGCAUCUGUCCUGGAUGCUUUAGUUGAGAUUCCUGCAUUGCAGGGGGUUAGACUAGAUGAUCCUCAGGGUCCCUUCUCAAACACAAAGUUAAGGCCUGCUGCAGGAAUGAAAAGAAAAGAGCCAGGACACCUAUUAAAAUCUGAAGAGGACGGCAGAAAAGGAGAGGCCUAUCUGGCUGUCUAUACGCUAUACAUUAAAAGGGCAUAAAGCACAUUUCUUCCCCCCCCCAAAAAAAAAAUGAUCAUGGGAACUGUAAUUUACCCUUCAGAGAGCUAUAAUUCCCAGCACCCUUAACAAACUACAGUUCCCAGAAUUCUCGGGGGAAGGAGAAUGUUCUUUAAAUGUAUGAUGUGCACACAGCCUUACUUAUUAAUUGCUCUGGACUGAAAAAUUAUUUCCAUGCUGGUGAACUUUGUUCAACAGAAUUAAUUCAAUUUUUAAUUUUCUGUAAGAGGCUACCUAUUCAAAAGGAUCCCAGAGAAAUCUUCCUUGACUAACAGUCAAUUCAAGUGAAGGUUAAACGGAGGGCGGGGAGAAAGACUGAACAUAUCCAAAGUUUGCUCUUCUCUCGGUCAUCCAUUUUCAUGACAGGCUUUUGAUAUAGAAUUCUUCUUAGACUUUUAAUAUGCAUUAAUGAAGCUUUGGAUUCAUUCACAGUACUUUGUUGACUUCUUUGUGUUCGGGGCACCAUCUAGGGCGGGCUGAAGGGCCGGGGGGCGCAUUGGACCGCUCCCUCAAUCACGGAUUAUAAGAAUUAUGACUCCAAAGUUCUAUAAAUUCAGAGCCUCCCAUGAGUGGCUGUGCAGUGGGGCAGGGCUAAGGCACCGUGCUCUCCACAGCCUCCCCACCCCUUCCAGAUUUUGGCAUUGCAUGGGGCGCCAUUGAAAUUUGAGAUGCCAAGGUCUGCCAGUGCACCUGACCAAGCUGUAAUUGUAACUCUAUUUAUUGAUGUCAGGUCACAUGUGGAAUACUUAUUUUCAAGUCUAAUUUUGAAAUCCUGAUAAGCCGUUGUCCAAGUUUGCUUGAAACAAGCUUCAGAAAAACUAAGAAUGCCGGGUGUGAACAACCUGCUUCUGAGAGCCCCAAUGUAAAAUCACAGAAGGGUCGCAUUGGAAGGGAUCCCCAGGGUCAUCUAGCCCAACUUUCUGCAAUGUAGGAAUCCUGCCCAUAGCCGUCCUGGGUGGGCUUGGACCACCAACUUUCUGGUUAGCAGCCACAGAGACACAUACUUCAGACUAAAUUGUAUUAAUGCGGCAAAAGCAGCAAACAACUUUUCAUUAACCUUUUCUAAAGCAGGUUUUAAAAGCUGCAUCCUGAUAUAUAACAGCCAUUUGAAGCUCUAAAGGAGCAACUGGGGCAGUGGAAUGGUAUGACAGAGCCACCCUCCUGACAGGGCAGGGGCAGAGCGGGCAGGGCGUGUGGGCACCAUUCAGCACUCCUGAUCUAUCUCUGCAGCCCCAGGAGCUCACUGUCCCCUUGCUCUGCCCUCACGCUGCCCAUGUGGCUGCAGCACCCCUUGCGUGGGAUGGCCGCUCCGCAGCAUUGCCAAACCACUCCUGGUGCUCUAGGGCUCUCAGCACAUGGGCCUUGCCCUGGUCUCCCCUUUGACACCUAUUCCUUCCUUGCUCUUUGGCUUAUUAAGAUGCAGUGAAGCUGUCUUCCCCACUCCCACCGCUUUGAGAUAUUUUGACAAUCAAGAGAUAUACAGUGGUACCUCAGGUUAAGUACUUAAUUCGUUCUGGAGGUCUGUUCUUAACCUGAAACUGUUCUUAACCUGAAGCACCACUUAAGCUAAUGGGGCCUCCCGCUGCCGCCACGCCACUGCUGCGCGAUUUCUGUUCUUAUCCUGAAGCAAAGUUCUUAACCCAAGGUACUACUUCUGGGUUAGUGGAGUCUGUAACCUGAAGCAUAUGUAACCCGAGGUACCACUGUAUAAUGUUUAUGUGUGAAAUAAAUAAUGUGCCCUUGUAAUCCCAUAUGUGCACCAAGCAGCUUCCUCCAGCUGGGCUUGGAGGUGAUGAAAAACAAUAGAAGAGUGAGUUGACAGCAGGAGACUGUGAUUGAAUGCUGGGUGGAGUCAUAGUGAGUGACAGGUGGAAGGUGUCUGUUGGGAAUGACAGUGAAGAGGAGUUGAGAGACAGAGAGUUGAGGGAGAAGGUGAGGGAGAGAAUGAAAGCACAUUUAAACAUUUAGGAUAGCUCUGGAAAGGAGAGUCGGUGAAGCAGGGUAUCAGAGCUCUUAUUUACUCAUCUGUAUUUGUUCUGAAUGCUAUGUUCCCUUAAUCAAUAUAUAUCUAGUAUUUUAACUUUCCACUUGCAGUGGGUUAUAAGCUCAGUAGAUCUCUCCCCAUGUGCCUUGUGCCGGCUGGUGCCGGCUGAGCAGUGUGGCGCAUCUGGCUUCCCGGUGCCACUUACUGGGGGCGGGGGGAGGUGCAGGAAGCUGAGUGGCAGGAGCAGCUGGGGACCACUCUGACCCUCCAGCUGCUGCACCAUCACUGCCCUGAGCUUUCCGUGUCUUUCCCCUCUCAGCAAGGGGCAGCGACCAACACUGUUUUGCUGAAGUGUGUGGGCCAGGCAAAUACAGCCCUCCAGGCAUCACUGUCCAGCCCUUGGGACUAUCUGUGGGGCCUGCUUCCUCCCCAGGACACCUUCCCCAGGUGUUUUUGCUGUGUGGAAUGUGUCCUUGGCCUCUGAGAGUCUUCCUAGUCUCUGAGAUGCCGUAACAGAAGGUUUUGUGGGGACCAUUACAUCUGGACUUGGGAAGUUAGGUGAAGGGUUGGCCUAGUGACCUCUGGGAACAAAGUGUCUUAUAGAGAAAUCCAGGAACACCAGAAGUAGCUUUAAAAAUGUUGAGUAAAACCAUAUGGCAAACUGUUUCCUGCUUGGCAGGGGGUUGGACUCGAUGGCCCUUGUGGUCUCUUCCAGCUCUAUGAUUCUAUGAUUCUAUGAAUUCCUCUUACGUAUUCAGGUCCAGUAGAAGGUACAGAUUAAACAGGGGAACGGGAGUCGGUUCUGCUAGAUGUAUUUCUCAUCUCACAAGCUUCUUAGGCCUUGGUCUCUUCACUUGGUUGUGCUAUAUUGAGGCUUUUUGGCCAAACUAAUCUGGAGGAGGGCUGGUUAUACAGAGGAACCUGCCUGAAGAAGUAGAUUGGUCUAAACAACUUAGACAUACCAUAUUAUGAUCCUGUCAUUUUUCGUCAAUUUAAUUUAAUACAAUUUCUUUUUUUAAAAAAACCAGGUUUCCCACUCCUGUUGCAAACAUAUGUCCACCACUUCCUCUUGCAGGCACUUCAUCUGUUCUUUAAUAUACACUUAAACCUUCUCUUGAUGUUAGUCCAUUCUCACAGCUGACCAUUAUUCUUUCCUUACAUACAGCACCUCUGUUGUUUCUCAUAAAUAUAAAAUCCAUUUGACGGGUUUAGUCCUUCAUAAACGACGUUCUCGGACCUAGUGUGUUGGGAGAGUUAGUUGCUAUAUUCCUUAGUUCAGUUCACUGCAGUAAACAAGGUCAGUUCACACUCCAUAUUCCUUCCGCUGUUCACCAACUUGUGUACAGGCUGCAGCUAUAAAUAACUCCCAGAUAACAUGCCCAGUGUCCUCCAUUGAAAUUCCACUCUGGGGUUCUUCCUCGGCACACAGCUAAAGACAAAGUCUUCUCUCAAAUAUAGCCUCUUGCCAGAUUUAAUUAGCAGCCACUCAUCUUCGUACUCUGCAUUGUGCUUUUUCCCCCUGUAAUAAUUUUUAUUGGUUUUACAUAUAAUUACAUUGCGUAACAUGAUAUUAUCUUAUUAUAUCUUUUUGGCUCACCUGAGCCUAAUGACUUCCCUCCCUCGCUCCUAAUGGUUUACAAAAUUAAAUUUUGCAUCUUUGCAUUUCACUACUUUUCCUAUUCUUGUUAUAUCAUUACUUAAAAUAUUAAAUUACGCAUUCUGAAUAGGUAGUAAUUUCAUCUGACAAAUCUUCUGAUAACCCUGCUAGUGAUGUUAAUUGCUUACAGAUGUCUUUCAAAUACAAAUUUAUUCCAGUCUUUUAGGAAUGCUUGAUCUCACUGGUUCCGGAUUCUUCCUGUCAGUUUUGCUAGUUCUGCUAAGUCCAUCAAUUUCAUCUGCCACUCUUCUUUUGAUGGUACUUCAUGAUGUUUCCAUUUUGGGGCUAACAAAAUUCUGGCCGCAGAACAAUUUCUUAUCUUGUCUUGGUAUCUUUUACCCACUAUACCCAAUAAAAAAAAGUUUCUGGUUUUUACUCUGCAUUGCUCCCUCACACUCCAGUCCAAAGAUAAUUUUAAAUAAAGUCCAUUCAACCUUGAUUGAUGGGGGAGUGCAUAAUAAAACCUUGUUAAAUUCCUUCUCGAGCAUAAAUCAAAAGCUUCCCCCCUCUUUUCCUUGGUGCCAGACAGAACAACAUAGCCACAGCUACACACAUCUCUUUCAUUUUGCAGGGGAGGACAAGAAAAAAAAAAAGGAAACCAUAUGAAAGCGCAAAGCACCUUAUGCGCCCCCUUCCUUCCCGGUUUUAAGGGUUUUCAAGCUUCAGAAAAAUCAAAUACCUUCAAAGAUCCAAACCCAGUCCUUUUUGCAGGUGAUUGAUUGCAGCCCGUUAUCAUAUGUCAUUUCAGGAGCACCUCACGAUUAAUGCCAAUAUUCCAAAUUAAUGAGGAACCAAUCACAAAUCAUGCCGGAGACAGAGGUUCGUACCCAUUCUGCCUUUAAGUUGGCAGACAUGGCCUUAAGUGGCACAGUGGGAUGCAGUGAACUCCCCAGAACCCAUUGGUGAACAUGAUCAGGAUUUUUGCCUCCUAAAUCCUGGCUUUCCCUGCCUGAACUUCCCUUCUGCCCCAAAGGGCAGUGGAGAGCUACCGCCAUGAAUCGUGAGGUCAGGCGGAAACCUUCUUUCUUACUUUUCCAUCCUGUGCUGGUCAAAUGAUCUCUUUGCUUACUUCUUUUGAGGAGCUCUGCUACACUAUCUAUACAUUACCAAAAUCAAAAAAAUUAUAGCAGAACAAAAAAAGUUUAGCAUACAUAUUUUAAUCAGUUCAUGUCCAUAAUUUACUGAAUGCUGUUUUAGAACAUGCAGUAAAAAUCUUGAAACAAAAGAAAAUGCCAGGGAAAGCUGCUUCCUCUGAAGACUUCAUUGUAUUUCUCAGCAAACUGCUUUAAAGAACCCACCUUAAACUGAAAACAGUGGCAGCAUUAAGAUAAAUUCAACAGUGAGAUUAAUAACUGAAUGACGUAAACUGGAGAAUUGACUAAAAUGGUUAUAGUAAAAUAUGCAGGAAUGAUAGAUAAGUAAAAAGAACCAUGGAAAGAGAAGAAGGGAAGUCAACAGACAUAUGGUAUUGCGUAAAAUGUUUACUUUGAGAUGUAUAAAUGGGAAAUCUAAUAAUGUAUAGAACCUACCUUAAAGAAACAAAUUUCAAUAGCCAUAGGAGUGGAUAUUCUCUGGAAGAUUUGCAGAUUUGAUCUCAGUGAAUGAUCGGAGAGUGAAUGCUCCUGUGGUUUUUAAGCUUUUGAUGGUGCCUUUAAAAAUUUGAUAACUUCUGUUAAGGUUUUGAAAACUGGGAUUCUUUUUAAUCCCCCUCCUCCCUUGUUUCUUCCCAGCUCCUUGUGGUCAGAAUGAAACCAGAGAGGAUGGGAAAAUAAUCCAGCUGCCUCCCUGCAAAACAGGAGCAUGGAUCGUUCCUGCCAUCAUGGCUUGCUACCUCUUGGUUGCAAACAUCCUUCUGGUGAAUCUCCUCAUUGCCGUUUUUAAGUGAGUGUCUAUUGUUUUAAAAUUCAGUGACUGCAGUAAAUGUUUCAGGAACUUUUGAUGCUCAAGUUUGGAAUUUCUAAGAUGGGGUUAUAGUGAUAGUGUUAGUAGUGCAUUUACAUGGUUAACAGCUCAGAUUACUUUUGCAGUCAAUCAAGAGAAUGUAAACUCACAAACUGGUAAAAAUAUAAUGAAUUAUCUUUUGUUUUUUAAUAGUUCAGAGAGUUCUCUUCUGGUCAGAAAAAGGGAUCUGACCUAGCAACCUUCCACGUGGAUAACUAGAUAAGAUGCAGGAGACAUAGGAAAUACGUAUCUUCCCAUUUUAUUGUAUUUUACAACUUCCUUAGAGCCCCAAAUUGCUUCAAAUUUCAUCAAAUCAGCUGAAUACACAGGAAACUGCCUGGUAUUAAGUCAGACUCCUAGUCUGUCUACAUCAGAUUUUACAGUGACGGGCAUCCGUUCUCCAGAGUUCCAGGCAGAGGUCUCCCCCUCUGUACUCCAAGCCUGAGCUGCUGCUCUUCUCCCGCUAGCCAUUUUUCUGGUCAAAAUUGCCUCCCCAGCUGCUUUUCCUUUCCGUGGGGGAUACAAAAAGCAACUGAGGGAUAUUCUGGUGGGCAGGAGAUGGCUUCCUAGGAAAAGACUGAGCCUGCCCCCUUCCUGCACCACUCUGGUCAGUUUGGAGCUGCCUUGGGGCUACAUUAAAGAAAAAUAUCAGGAGCCAUUUCAUGGGGGGAGAUGAGGACUGGUUUCUAGGAGGAAGCUAAAAAUCCUCACUGCUCAAGUACAGUGCAUGUUAUGAGCCAAAGUGCCCCCCACCCAUAUAGCCUGGGGGAACCCAGCCAGAUGGGUGGGGUAUAAAUAUUACUAUUAGUAUUACUAGGCUGCUUGCAUCCAGGACCAGCAACAGCAUCCUUGGGCUUCUUUCAGAGCCCCACACCAGCCAAGAGCAUGAACCAGUGUUGACCCCAGUUCAUGACCAUGAGCUGCCAUUUCCCACAAUGCACCAGAGUGAUACACUCUAGGGGAUUGUGGGAUAUUUAAAUUGCCCUUUGUUGCCACCUGUCGCUGCUGCCUGGACCCAUGGAGGGCAUUUUGCUGAGGGCCCCUCAAACCUGGAAGCAGCUCAGCUUUCUCUGUAAACUUUGUGGACUAGGCAAUAAAUGGACCUCUUCAGAACUGUUGCAUUGCUGUUUUGUGAGUUUUUUACUUGUCCCAGAAUUACACUGAAGCCUAAGAUUAAACUGGGUUCUUUGAUUGUCUUGGUGGUCUGGGAGCAUUAGUGCUCUGCUCUUUCCAACACUGCUGAGCAUGAUGGUGGCACAUGUGGGAAGAGCCCAUGCUGUGGCCCCUUUCCAUCCCAGGUUUAUCUCAUUUUUCUGAGAACUCUUGAGUGAGCUUCUCCUAUAAGCUCCAAGCUUCCCGUGUUAUUUUGGGAACAUGACAGCUAGGAGUAAUGUUGCUGUUGUCCUCACCAGAUAAUGUAAAAAAGCAGUUUAAUGUGGCAAAAAGAAUGUCUUUGAAGUGGGUGGCCUAACAGUUGUAUUUGAGAAGCUUUAGGUAUACAACAAGUUUUUGUUUCUGUUGCCUUAUCAUGAAAUUACUUUUGUAGAUGUAGCCCUAAGAUUCUUUUAAAGUAUGAAACUAACAUUAUAACAUGUGAAUAAAGCGAACAAGUGUUUUAAAAGGCCACUAUUCUGUGGUACAUCUACCAGAGAGCCAUGAGUAGCUGCAGAUCCCUACUGAGUAUACACUCAUGUCUGGGGCUGUGUAAUCUAUGGAAUGGCCCCUAUAUUGCAUGUGAAAUUUUAGAUGGUAGUUCUGUUUAUCAGAAGGCAUUUUCUUCCUCUCCUUCUGCUUCAGCAACACCUUUUUUGAAGUUAAAUCGAUAUCUAACCAAGUAUGGAAGUUUCAGCGGUAUCAGCUUAUUAUGACAUUCCAUGAAAGACCAGUCUUGCCCCCUCCACUCAUCAUCUUCAGUCACAUGACUAUGAUAUUUCAGCACAUAUGCUGUCGAUGGCGGAAGCAUGAUAGCGACCCUGAUGAGACAGACUAUGGACUGAGUAAGUUUAAUUCAUCUUCUCCGUCAUAGAUACAAUAAACAUAUGGAAAAUAUACUCAGCUCUGCUUAGUUGUCUUGAUUUGGAGAGCAGUCAAGAAUCAUAGCAAGGGCAUUAGCACUUCAUUUGUUUUAUGUACUUUCGUUUGAUGUACUUUCCCUUCCCAUUCACUAGGAGCUGUAAAAUGCCACCUUCCUUCCUUCCUUCCUUCCUUCCUUCCUUCCUUCCUUUUUUUCCUGUUAGAAAUUGCUCUUAAUUCAGUUAGCAUCACAGGGCAAUUCACAAUAAAAUCACAAAAAUACUACCCAUAACCCAUAGCUAUUAGCUAUAGAUAAACCAGAAGUUUACAAUUUCUGGUGUUAAUAGAUGCCAAAAACAACACAAAGUUUGAGCAAAGAGGUGCAUCUUGAGUUGGCAACAAAAACUAAUGCACUUCUAAGACCCACAGACAGGAUUCCACCACCACAGAGAAGGCCCUAUCUGGAGUGAUUGCAUGACAGGACACACCCAUUGGCAGGAUCACAAAUGGGCAUAUUCUGCAGUUUGUAGGGCUGGCAGCCAUAGAAAUAUACAAAGUCAAGUUAUCUGUCCAUCUGGUUCAAUAAUGUAUACUCUGACUAGCAGCAGCUCUCCAGGGUUUCAAAAAGAAAAUAUUUUCCAUCACCUAGUACCUGAUCCUUUAAACUGGAGAUGGCAGGCAUUGAACUGGGAGCUUUUUGCAUGAAAAGCAUGGGAUCUGCCAGUGAAGCAUGGUGUCUCUCCUGAUCCAAAUGGUGGCUUAGUAGCAAUAUAUAAUAUAAAACAGUCAAAUAAAAAAGCAAUAAAACUAUGUAAACAAAAGCAGCAAUAGGAUGACAGUUCAUUGAGCAAAAGUUCAUAUUGGCUAUCUCAAAUGCUCCCUGAAACAAGUCUCAAUUAGUCUUGCAAGACCCAGCUGGGAGAGAGCUAUGCAAGCUGCGCAAUGUACCGUAUUUUUUGCCCCAUAGGACGCACCGCCCCAUAGGACGCACCUAGUUUUUUUUGGGGGGGGGGAAAUAAAGAAAAAAAAUUAUUUCCCCCCCAGGCACAGGGCUGGCACGGGGGAAGCCCGAGCUUCCCCCGACCCCAGCCCCCAGAACAGCCUGCUAUCCGCAAGCCUAGGGAGCCGCACCGGGCUCCCCAGGCUUGCGGAGAGCUGCACGAAGCCCAGGAGCACUCUUCAGCGCGCCCCAGGCUUCGGAGUGCAGGCAGCUCUGCACAACCCUCGGGAGCCCAGCGCGGCUUUGCUCCAGAUGGUUGCGCAGGGCUUCGUGAAGCCUGGAGAGCGAGAGGGGUCAGUGCACACCGACCUCUCUCGCUUUCCAGGCUUCAGCGAAAGCCUGUAUUCGCCCCAUAGGACGCACACACAUUUCCCCUUCAUUUUUGGAGGGGAAAAGGUGCGUCCUAUAGGGCGAAAAAUACGGUAGGUGCCACUGCUGAGAAGGCUGUGUCCCACACAGCAGCCUACUGCAUGGUAGACCCAGAACGGUCUCCAAAGAUCGCUUCAGUGCAUACGUAUAUGGUGUUGAAUAGGAGAUGGUCCUUCAAAUAUCCUGGUGCCAGACCACUAGAGCUUUAAAUGUAAAAAACAGAACUUCAGCCUACUGCAUUUUAGAACUCUUGCCUGACUACUGCAUUCUGGGCCAGUUGCAAUCUCCAAAUACAUUUCAAUGGCGUCCCACACAUUAGAGUGAGUAUAAUCGCCUUUGAAAUGCAUCAAUGCAGGAGAAGGUCUUCUUUGUCACUUUGGCCUGGCUUUCAAACUCCCUACCUAAGGACUCCUCUUUGGGGACCUUUUGGCAUUGCACCAAAACCUUCUUUUUUGGCAGGAAUGUGACUACCGGAGCUAGAUGUUGCCAAGGCCCUUUGUGGCUCUGUCACACCAGUAGAGUAGCCAAAGGACCCUGACUAGUGGGGAAACGGGCAUCACAGUCCUCAACUGCUCAGGCGUUUCUUUACACAGCUGCUUUUGUGUCUAAUAAUAAUCAGCUGAGAGCAAGGAGAGCCAAUUUGGUGCCCUUCAAAUGUUGCUGGAUUACAGUUUCCAUCAGAAGUAAUAAUAAUAAUAAUAAUUUUAUUAUUUAUACCCCGCCCAUCUGGCUGGGUAUCCCCAGCCACUCUAGGUGGCUCCCAACAGAGAACUAAAAACAGAAUAAAACUUCAAACAUUAAAAACUUCCCUGAACAGGUGCCAACUCCUGGGGGCCAAACCCUUUUGGGGGCACCAAUAUUUGUUGUGGGGCACUCCCAAAAUUCAAAAAGCUUGCAAGAGACAUUGCACUCGUGACAUCACACACACCCACACCCCAUCUCCCUCACAAGAUGGCGCCUCUGGUUUCCCUAGUUCCUGGUCAGAGCUGGAGCCCUACCACCUCUGGAAACUAAAAGGUUGGCUAACCCUGUACAUGAGGCAACAUAUUCUUCCUUUUACCUCUUUCGGUUUGACAAGGACACGAGCACAAAGAGUGUACAGUGGUACCUCUGGUUACGUACUUAAUUCGUUCCAGAGGUCCGUUCUUAACCUGAAACUGUUCUUAACCUGAAGCACCACUUUAGCUAAUGGGGCCUCCCACUGCCGCCGCCCCGCCAAAGCACAAUUUCUGUUCUCAUCCUGAAGCAAAGUUCUUAAGCUGAAGCACUAUUUCUGGGUUACCAGAGUCUGUAACCUGAAGCGUCUGUAACCUGAAGCGUAUGUAACCCGAGGUACCACUGUAUUAGGAAUGCCAAAAAACUUAAGAAAGCCACUUUUCAGAGUCUGGCCUACCUUGAAACUGAAAGCCACCAUGUCCUGCAUGAAGUGUGGCACUUGAAAUAUGUAUGGAAUAUGUAUGGAAAUAUGUACCGUAUGUAUGUUACAAACCUGAAAAUGAUUGAAAUGUGAUUUCUUUGUGGGGGCAGGGGGCGGGGGGAUAUGCAAUUUUAAAGCCACAAAAUAGGCAGUGCCUUUCAAAACCCUGUGAUGAUAGCUAAUUAACUUCUUUUAACUGCUGCUUUGUCAUUGCCUCAUAUGUCUUCUACAGAGCUUUUUAUAACUGAUGAUGAACUGAAAAAAGUUCAUGAUUUUGAAGAACAAUGUAUAGAAGAGUAUUUCAGAGAGAAAGAUGAUAGAUUCAAUUCGUCCAAUGAUGAAAGAAUCCGAGUUACCUCUGAAAGGUGAAAGAUUUUUCAUUUUGGUUUCUUACAUAGUGUAUAUUUUGAAAUUUGUUACUUUUGAAAGGAAAAAAAACUUUAAACAAGGCUUUACUGUCAAGAAACUAGGGUAGAUUUUAAAAAAUUAAAAAACAGGGUUAAAAAAAUUGUAAAUCAUAUUUUUUAUUCAUUUCUUUUGUUAAGUUUCUCCUAAAUAAGUAGAUUAAUAAGUAUUGUAGCACAUCCUGAGGCUUCCAAACAUAUGUAUAUUCAUAAUUUAAAGGUGUGGCUCAGCCAUUAAAAUUAAAUAUGAAAUUUUAAAAAAGGAAAUUUUUAACCAGUAUGCAGAAAUGGUAAAAUUAUUUAUGCUUGACUGCAUAAGCAUCAGUCUUCUGGAUUUUUUUCUUAUCAGUUCACUUUUCUGAACAUUAUCUCCUUACAUUAUAAAGAUAUAAAAGUUAUACAGAUCAGUUUGUUGUAAAAUAAUGCAACAUUUUGAGUCAGACGUGUCAACUCGUGCUAAACAUUGCAGGGGCCCAACGACAAGUGUUCAAUGUAUACACGACCUCACAUCCUGUUUUGGGAGGAGCCAGGGGCGGAGCCAAAUGCAGUGGCCUUUGGCUCCUCCUCUCUCACCAUCGGCCCUUGCUCUCCUCUUCCCACUGGUGGGAUUGUUCUCCCCAGUCAUUAGGAAGAGAGUUCCUGGUUCCCAAAGAACCAACCACGUCCUCCUAAGCUUUGUCUUGCCCUGGACGCAGCUGGCUGCUUCAGUUCUAAGGGCACAGAAUGCAGGUCCAUCAUACUUCGUUUUUCCCCUUAAGGUUUUUAAAGGCCACCCAAGAGCUGGCUUUCCUUCUGCAGAGCUUGGGGUUUGAUUUUGGCUCCCAGCAAUGUGUCUGUAUCUGACUGGGAGGGGCAGGAGGUCUGUCCUGAAAAAUGCAGGGUCCUCGCAGGUGGGAGAGCGACCACUUUCCCAAUUCCAGUUUGGGACAACAAGACACAAAUCCAGAAGGCACACACCCCGGGGGAUAACUGGAUAAGCAAACAUGAGAGGGUUGUUUGUUUGGUGGUUUUUUGCAAAGCACCAAAUUCCUCUUUCUCUCUCCCCCUGCCCAUAAUCAAAUCUUUUACUUUGAAAUCAUUUUUAUUUGAUUUUACAAAUGCAAAUUAAUUACAAUUCAAAUAAAUAUCCAUAAAAAGAGAUUACUUUGAAUCUUGGGACUUCCCCCCCAUCCCUCCAUGGGUCCUAUUGUCAACAUUUCCAGCUGCGUAUUAUUUCAUAGUCUAUGUUUUGCAUUUAUCCAUAUUGUCCAUAAUAUUUGUUACAUUACAAGUGGGAUUAAAAUCCUGCUAAUGUUGUCAUCUGCUUACAGUGGUCUCCUAAAUAAAUUGUAAACUUUUCCCAUUCUUUCUUCAAUUUCGUGUCUUCUUGGUCCCUGAGCUUUCUGGUCAGUUUUGCCACUUCAGCGUAGUCUAGCAGCUUAGCUUGCCAUUCCUCUCUGGUAGGGACUCUUUCUUCUUUCCAUCUCUGGGCCAGUAGCAUCCGUGCUGCUGUUCUCGCAUACAUAAAAAGUCUUUUCUGGUCCUUUGGGAUGUUGAUACCUAUAAUUCCUAAUAGAAAAGCUGCUAGGUUUUUUUUUUACAAAGGUUAUUUUAAACAUUUUUUUCAGUUCAUUAUAGAUCAUCUCCCAGAAAGCCUUUAUUACCUUACAUGACCACCACAUAUGAUAAAAGGUACCUUCUUUUUCUUUACAUUUCCUGCAGGUAUUUGUACUUGUUUUAUACAUUUUUGCUAGUUUACCACUGGUACAUCAUUUCCAUGUAGUUUUCUUUCAGCAUACAACAUGCCGUGAAUUUCAAAUCCGUUUUCCAUAACCUUUCCCAAUCUGAAAUCUGAAUAUUAUGCCCCCAAUCCCUUGCCCAGUGUAUCAUUACCAACUUGACCUGUUCAUCUUUGUAUGCCAUUCCAAGAGGAGUGUAUACAUUUUCGACAGUGAUUUAAUAUUGUUUUCUAACAGAUCUUUUUGAAAUCUUGAAAUCUCAUAACUAAAACCUUUCUUUUUAUCUGUUUUGAAAAUAUCAUUUAGUUGGUUGAACUGUAACCAAUCCGUUAAUAAAUCCCUUAUCUCUUCAAAAUCUUUCAAUGUUAGCACCAUCAUUCCCACUCUGUUAAAUUGGAUGCAAGAAACCUGAAGUUUAGUAAAUCAUACUAACCUAUUUGUUCAGUCUGAAAUUAACUAUGCUUUCCUCUCUCUUCCUUUUUUACUUUUGUUUUGUAGGGUAGAGAAUAUGGCCAUGCGAUUAGAAGAAGUGAAUGAACGAGAGCAUUGCAUGAAGGCUUCACUUCAGACUGUAGACAUCCGGCUUGCUCAACUGGAAGACAUGAUAGGGCGAAUGGCUACAGCCUUAGAUAAGCUUACUGGCCUAGACAGAGGGGAGGCCACUAAGAUACGGUCUCGAACAUCCUCUGACUGUACUGACACAGCCUACAUUGUCCGACAGAGCAGCUUCAACAGCCAGGAGGGAAACACAUACAAACUUCAAGAAAGCAUUGAUCCCACGGGGGAGGAGUCCAUGUCACCAACCUCUCCAACCGUCAUUCCCCGCUUGCGAAGUCACUCCUUCUAUGCAGUGAACAUGAAGGACAAGUGUGGGUUGGAGAAAUUUGAAAGCAUUUUCAAAGAAAGGUCCCUCAGCCUCCACCGUGCCAGUAGUUCUCACUCUGUCUCAAAAGAGCAAAAAAUCCCUUCUUUAGUGCCUACAAGCACUCUCUCAAUUGCCCCAGACUCCAGACGGCCUUCCUCUUGCAUAGACAUUUAUGUCUCAGCCAUGGAUGAGCUGCAGUCUGUCAUAGAACCCCUUGACAGUUCAAUGAACAUCCUUGGGACUGGAGAUCCAGCUCUCCAAGCUCAGAUAGCUUCCAGUGUUGUCUCCAGUAGUGCUUAUGUCAGCAGUACUCCGGGUGAUAGAAUUUCUGGCAGGAGUAUUGAUUAUGAAGACCAAUCGAUGGAAACAAGAGUAUUUUCUUCAGACUAUUCACAAAUUGCAGAUUGCUCAAACCCCUGGGAAUCAGACCCUCCCAUGUACCAUACUUUGGAGAGGUCUAAAAGCAGCCGAUACCUGGCUACAACCCCAUUUAUUUUAGAGGAAGCACCAAUAGUAAAAUCUCACAGUUUCAUGUUCUCUCCUUCUCGGAGCUAUUUCAGUAGCCUUGGAGUGCCAGUCAAAACAGCAGAGUACACAAGCAUUACAGACUGCAUUGAUACAAGGUGUGUCAGUGCUCCUCAAACCAUUGCAGAAAGGUCGAGCUUUCCUGGAGUUCAUGGAGACAAAAUUGAUGACUUAGGAUGCUGCCACCCAGAGAGGGAAGCGGAACUAAGUCACCCAAGCUCUGACAAUGAGGAUACUGAAACCAAAGACAAAAAAGCCGUUCCCUUGUCAUCUCAAGAUAGCAAUACAUCUAGAACAUUGUCCAACAAUAUCCCUCUUCCAAAAAUAGAGAGGGCCAACAGUUACUCUGCAGAUGAGUCCAACUUGUUGUAUGCACACACAAAGAAAAGCUACUCCAUCAGUGAUAAACUUGACAGGCAGCGCAAUGCAACGAGCCUCCGAAGUACAUUCCAGAGGAGCAAGUCAUCCAGACCAGAGAACAGGUCGGACACCUUAUCAAUGAGAAGACUCUCUAGAACAGGUGCCUUCCAUAGCUUUGAGAGCAAGCAUAGUUAG